AUGGAUGGGUUUCACAAGUUCCUUGCCCUGAGAGGAAUACAACAAGUUCUAGUGCCCCUGCGACCAUCCUCUGCUAAUAAUCAUGCAAAUACAUCGAGUCAAUUGGCAGAGCUGGGACAACCACAACAACAAAGACUGAUACAAGAUCAAGAGCAACAAGCAAGCUCGACAUCUGCUCGAAGACAUUACAGUAAUAGUGACAGUGAUGAUGACUUUGGAUUGUUUCAAGAAUCUAACCAAGGAGAAUAUGAUAGGUUUGGAAACUGGGACGAUGACGAGGUGUUCACGAGGCCCCGUAUCACAAUGAGUGAGUACUUAUUGAGUAGUAUUCGAAACGAUAAUGAAGUCCAAGCAGAAUCUCAAAUAGAAUAUAGCGGAGAUAAUGAACAUGUGAGAGGGGAGCUACUGGAAGAGAAUGAAACGGACGCACAGCUAGAUGAAGAGGCGUAUGCAAUCGACGCUAUGGCCGAGCGAGAUCAUCGACUCGCAAAUUCCAGUGUCGUUGCGAACGUGGAUAACAAUAUAAGGCGAGUGAAUAUUGUGGAGCGAGAAACUGAUCAAGAUGAAGAACGAGCAUACAAUAUUUAUGCAGCAGAAUCUUUGGAUGAAGAAAUUGGGAAUAUCUUACCAGGAAGAUUAAGGAACGUGGUAAGAAACGAUAGCAACAACAAUAUUGACUUUAAUGAAGUCUUUUCCGAAAGUGUUAUUGAAGGUGAUGAUGAGAUUGAUGGGAGUGGUGAUAAUAAUAAUAAUAAUAAUACUAAUGAUGGUGAUGGUGAUAUUGAUAGUAAUCAUGAAGACGAUUCAUCAGAAUCAUUGGGCAGAGGUAUUGCACUAGAUUAUAGCAAUGAGUUCGAUGAUCCUGAUCGUUUCUACGACUCUAGAAGAGAAAGUUUCUCGUACAGAAACGAGUUCGUUACAGAUCACCACGAUCCAAUGAACUUUCCUCCACAACUGCAACUGCAAGGGUCUCUGAUUGGGACUACAUUUACUAAGAAUUUAAAGAAAGAAUACAAAUACGAUUAUAUUGAGUCUCGAGCUAAACUCGAUUUGUCGAAACUAAAAGUUCUAAAUCUCAACAACUUUACAUUCCUUCCGCCAGAGGACAAAUUCUCCAAUAGUGGAUAUGAGGAUAUCGUAUCGUACAACCCAACACGAUUAUUGCAAAAGCCACCAGCUGAAAAAUUUCAUAAUGGAUUAAAGUUAAAUUCCAUUGGCACGAAGCGGGUCGAAGGAUUCGAACAUUCGAAAAAAUACAAGAACAACCUUACUUGCAUCAUGAAUUUUCACGAAGCGAGGGACUAUAUGGUUAUUGCAGCAAACUCUGAGCUUUUGUUUUACAAGUUUGAUGCCAUCGAGAAUCUACCAGAAGCUGAGCCUUGUUUUCGUUUUGAGACUAGACCCGUUUUCACUUCAAGUACUGACAGGUUGAUUUCGACUUGGCCGUAUUUCCCACAUACCAUAAAUUAUAUCACCACAGCGUUAUUCAAUGGAGAAGAUGUCCUUGCUGUAUGUGUUGAUGAUGGGUCUCUCUUGAUUUGGAAGUCGCAAACAAUUGCGAAUGAAAUUGAUAAAUUUCAAAACAAAAAAAGGCAUGGCAAUCUUCCAUUAAGAAUCAAGCCUGAUUUCAAAAUCAAACUUAGUGCUUCAAUAUGGGGGCUAGACUUUCUGGAUAACAUUAUAGCUGCUUCGGACAACUCGCAAUGCAUUGUGUUGCUUUACUACCACACACCAGAUAACAGAUUCUACCACGUCACCUCUCACCAAGUGCUUCAUAACAUCCCCUCUGUAUCAAUUCUCAAGCAUACUGAUGAUGAAGUUCUCGUUGCAUGUGCAUCGAUUUCAGGCGAGAUGGUGAUUUUCAAAUUCAAUUAUGCAAUAGUGCUGGGUCCCUUGGGAGAAAAUGACUUGAUGGGCAAAGUGUACUACACGGAUCAAUUGGUGGAAACCAUGGAAAGACGUGAUGCAGAACUUCCUCGGGAGCAAAGAACAUCAAGUACCACUAGUAGUCACUGUUCAUUAAAGCGUAUCAAUUUUGCUGACCCCAUAGUGAUUUCUCGUUGCGUGAUGGAUGAAGACUGCUGGACAGUUCAAUUGUUCAAAUCGCAAUGGUUUCUCCCCGUAGGUUCUUUAAAGAAUGUGUUUGGAGAUAGUGAUAUCAACGAAGAACAAGAGAUGGAAAGGAUAAUAAAAGAGAAAGCCCUUUUAGGCGGCGGUAGUGCGUUAGGGGAUUUCCAAUUUUUUAAACCAAAGACAGUUCAGCUUAGCCAUGACGAUGAUAUACGUCGUCGGACAACUACAAUGACUCGGCCCUUUAAUACAAAAGACGUGUAUAGAAGGGUUUUUAAGCAGGUUCAACACCAUUAUCAUCAAAAUGAUGAACCAAACUUUUUAAUGGUGACAACGGCAAAGAAAAUGGCUCUUUUGCAGAUCCCUUCGCUUUAUUGUUCCAGCUCUACCGAUGAGCUAUUCAAUAUGGAUUUACCAUAUAACGAAGAUAGCAAACACUCUAACAGGAUGUCGAUAGCUGCCACAAUUCCCGAGUUAUCGUGCUUUAUUGGUGUAUCGCAGCAAGGAUUGGUUUCGAUCAUGAGAUUAUGUUGCUAUAAUGGGGUCCAUGGGAUGCGCCAAGAGCACGUGUUUCCCAAUGCCUUAAAUUUGGCUAUAGGACAUCACGGAUAUAGAACGAUUAUUGGACUUUGUGUAAAGGGGCAAAGGCAGAGUGAAGGAGAAGACUUUACAUUGCCUGUAUCUUAUUUGAUCUAUGUCACCUAUAACGAUGGCACCAUCCUUGGUUAUAAGUUGCAUGAAUAG